AUGGACAGAAGCCUGCGGAACGUGCUCGUGGUCUCCCUGGGGUUUCUGCUGCUCUUCACGGCCUACGGAGGCCUCCAGAGCCUGCAGAGCAGCCUGUACGGCGAGGAGGGCAUGGGGGUGACGGUGCUGAGCACGCUCUACGGCGCGGUGCUGCUCUCGUCCAUGCUCCUGCCGCCGCUGCUCAUCCGCAUCCUGGGCUGCAAGUGGACCAUCGUCGCCUCCAUGUGCUGCUACGUGACCUUCUCCCUGGGCAACUUCUACGCCAGCUGGUACACCCUGAUCCCCACCUCCAUCCUGCUGGGCCUCGGAGCGGCCCCGCUGUGGUCCGCGCAGUGCACCUACCUCACCCUCGCGGGGAACGCCCGGGCAGAGGCGGCGGGCAGGCCGGGCAGGGACGUGGUGAACCAGUACUUCGGCAUCUUCUUCCUCAUAUUCCAGUCGUCGGGCGUGUGGGGGAACCUCAUCUCCUCUCUGGUGUUUGGCCAGAAGCCCACACAAGGGGCCAUCCAGGAGGAGCAGCUCCUGUCCUGCGGGGCCAGUGACUGUGUGAUGGCCACGGCGCCCACCAACCACACCCAGAGCCCCUCCCGGGAGCUGAUCUACACCCUGCUGGGCAUCUACACAGGGAGCGGCGUGGUCGCCGUCCUGCUGGUGGCGCUGCUCCUCGACCCCAUCGGCGACGCUCCGCGGAAAAGCGAAGGGGGGGCGCCGCCUCUUCGGUCUACGCUGCUCUCGACGUUCCGGCUCUGCCGGGACCGGCGCCUGCGCCUGCUGGCCCUGCUGGCCCUGUACAGCGGCUUCGAGCAGGCCUUCCUGGCCGGCGACUACACCAGGUCCUACGCCACCUGCGCCCUCGGCAUCCACUUCGUGGGCUACGUGAUGAUCUGCUUCUCGGCCACCAACGCGCUGUGCUCGCAGCUCUACGGGAAGGUGUCCCAGUUCACGGGCCGGAUCGCGCUCUACGCAUUCGGUGCGGCCACCCACCUGUCCUGCAUCAUCGCCCUGCUGCUGUGGAAACCGAACCCCGAGCAGCUGGCCGUGUUCUUCGUGUUUUCUGGCCUCUGGGGCGUGGCCGACGCCGUCUGGCAGACGCAGAACAGCGUGCUCUUCGGCGUCCUGUUUGACAAGAGCAAGGAGGCCGCCUUCGCCAACUACCGCCUCUGGGAGGCGCUGGGGUUCGUCAUCGCCUUCGGGUACAGCACCUUCCUGUGCGUCAGCACCAAGCUCUACGUCCUCCUGGCCGUCCUGUGUGCGGCCAUGCUGGCCUACGCCGCCGUGGAGGGCCUGGAGGCCAGGGCCCCGCCCGCGCCACGCCCCGUGGAAGCCACAGACGUGGCCCAGGGUGGAGAAACACAGACGGAGAUGUGA